CCCGACCCCAACCCCCAAGAUACGAUCCUCCACACCGUGGCAGAGCCUAGGCUGUAACUCCCGAACUGUCUCUCUUUAUUUCAUUUUAUGACAAACCGAUAGCAUAGGCCCCGUGGGGAUGUAUGCCCCCGGCCCGGCGCAGGAGGUCAUCGAGGCGGCAGGGUCCACAAGAGGUACAUAAGAGUACUUUCCUCGCACUAUGUCUCGGUGAGCAGUUUGGAGUACCGGUAAGUACCUCGAACCUCGCCCGGGCCGGAGUUUGAACUCGUUCGGUGAACAGCAAACUCUGUUGAUGCUUAUGUCAGCAGGCCGAAUUCCGUCCGCCAAACGUCCGUUCAAGUCGGCAUCCCGUCAGGUGGCGGUCGAAGGCGCAAGCCCUAGGGGAAACUAUAGAAAAGUGAAUCAACACAAUGAAUAUCACAAUUUGAGUCUCAAAAUGGCCCAUUUUUCCAGGCAAUAAAAGCUCUCAACCCGGGAGAUUCUAAGAGAUUCAAAAACGGUAUCUAACCCCGUUCUCCACGUUUCCAGUCCCAAGUGGAGCGCACCGUAGGGUAUGGCCCAUUGCCACGCGCCAAGAGGAAAAAAAUAUGGGUCGAAUAUGUCUUCAGUUUCCGUUACCUCCACGUUGGUCCCCAGAAUAUUUUCUUCUCGUCAUCCUCCGCCUGGACGUGUGCGUCUUUUCUCCAUAUUUCCCCAUUCACAGUCACAAUGAGCGCUGUCGAAGCACCCCAUGCAAUCCCGGCGCGGGACAUCGAGGUCUAUCACGAUCAGGAUGAGACGGAGAAGGCUUUCUCUGAAAAGCCUCCGCCAGUGGAUGAUCCUUUCGGAAACGAGGAAGCUGGGGAAGUCAAGUAUCGCGUGAUGAAGUGGUGGCAGGCUGGAAUGCUGAUGGUCGCUGAAAACAUCUCCCUGGGUAUCCUCUCGCUCCCAUCUGCCGUUGCAACUCUCGGCAUUGUCCCGGCCUUCCUCAUUAUCCUCGGCCUUUCUGCCAUCUCCUGGUACACUGGCCUUGUCAUGGGCGAGUUCAAGCUGCGGUAUCCCCACGUGCACAGCAUGGGUGAUGCCGGUGAGAUGCUCAUGGGCCCCUUCGGUCGUGAACUCUGCUACUGGGGCCAAUUGCUAUUCAUCAUCUUCCUGAUGGCCAGUCACAUCCUUACUUUCACUGUGCUCUUCAACACCAUCACCAACCACGGCACUUGCACUAUUGUCUUUGGCGUGAUCGGUCUGGUCGUCAGCUGCAUUUGUGCGCUGCCCCGAACCACUGACAAGGUCUUCAUCAUGUCAAGCGUGUCUGCUGUCAGUAUCUUGACUGCUACUAUCGUCACCAUGAUCUCCAUUGGCGUUCAGGCCCCGGACUACGUUGAGAAUGAUAUUACUACCGAUCCUACCUUCGUGGACGCUUUCCUGGCUGUGACCAACAUUGUGUUCGCAUUCAUCGCUCACGUUUCUUUCUUCGGUAUCAUGUCUGAGAUGCAGGACCCGGCCGAGUUCCCCAAGUCCUUGGCUAUGCUGCAGAUCGUCGAUACGGUCAUGUAUAUCGUGACCGCGAUGGUUAUUUACUGCUACGCCGGCCCGGACGUUUCUUCUCCUGCGCUUUCUUCGGCUGGUCCCCUGAUGAAGAAGGUUGCCUACGGCCUGGCUAUUCCAACUGUCAUCGUUGCCGGUGUCGUCUUUGGCCACGUUGCUUGCAAGUAUAUCUACGUCCGUAUUUUCCGUGGCGAGCGCUCGCACCACAUGCACCAGCGCAGUCUGUUGGCUACUGGUACCUGGGUCGCAAUCGGUCUUACUACCUGGACCAUUGCCUGGGUUAUUGCCGAGUCUAUCCCAGUGUUCAACGAUUUGUUGAGUCUCAUUAGCGCUCUCUUUGGUAGCUGGUUCAGCUACGGCCUGCCCUCCAUCUUCUGGAUGCUCAUGAACAAGGGACAAUGGUUCGCCUCCCCCAAGAAGAUCGUCAUGUUCACCAUCAACCUCAUUAUUCUGGGAAUCGCCUGCGUUAUCUGCGGAUUGGGACUGUAUGUCUCGGGCAAGUCGAUUCACGACAGCUCUUCCAAGGCCAGCUGGACCUGCGCCAGCAACGCUAUCUAGAUACGACCAAGAUCUCGGCGGGACAUAUCGCUUGUGUCUCGUCUCCUGGGCCCGUUUUUGUAUAGAUUUCUGGAUACUUGCAUUGAAAGAAUGAUGGACAUGUUGCAUGUUUACUGUAUAGCAUCGAUUGGCUGGGCAACCCUAGUUGGUUGAAAAUAGAUUUGUUUGAUUGCGCUUAGACCAUAAUCAGAUGUUUGUAACAAUCCUUCGAAUUUAGAUAGAUAUACAUCCUCCCCGUCG